AUGGUAGCAAUAUCGUUCGGCGAUAGGAAUUCUGGGCUUCAGGUAGGAGUAAACUAUGCUCCCAUCACAUUCUUCCCUCCCAAGAAUAUAGAGCCCAGCUUUUUCUAUAAUUCACACUAUGAAGCGCACAAGAAUAUCAACCCUCAACGAGUUAAGAACACUUGCAGAUGGUUUCUAGAUCAUCCGACAUUUCAAGCAUGGAAAAGCAGCCACCGUAACGAUCUCUUGUGGGUUUCCGCAGACCCGGGCUGCGGGAAAUCUGUGCUAUCAAGGGCUUUGGUUGAUGAUGUGCUGGUCCAAGAUGGGCCAGCUACGAUUUGCCAUUUCUUUUUCAAAGAUAACGAGGAGCAGAAUGGCGUGGCAACCGCGAUGUGCGCUAUCCUUCACCAACUAUUUUGUGCCAAGAUAGACCUCUUUCGCACACAUGCCGAAAAUCUAAUACGGCAACAAGGAGAGAAACUGAGGCUUAAUUUUGAAUCUCUGUGGGAGCUGUGGAUUUCUGUGGCCUUGGACUCUUCAAGCGGAGAUGUCGUCUGUGUUCUGGAUGCUCUUGACGAAUGCCAUCGGCCCGAUCGAGAUAGACUGAUACAAAAGUUGGAGUGGUUCUACUGGACGUCUCGAGAAAGACAAAAGGGCGAAUCGAAACUGAAAUUUCUUGUCACAAGCCGUCCAUACGUGGAUAUUGAGCGGAGGUUUGGUAAGCUAACCUAUCAGUUCCCACUGAUCCGCCUCGCGGGAGAAGAGGAAUGGAGAGGUAUUAGCCAAGAGAUCGGCUUGGUGAUGAACUCUAUGGUGGACGAGAUUGUGAGCGAAAGGCGGCUUGCGAAUAAAAUUCAAGAGGCCAUGAAGCGGCGGUUUUCUGAAUCCGACAACAGGACCUACUUAUGGUUGCAUUUGACGUUGGAAGCUGUUCGAGACUGUCUUGGACAGACUGAAACCAAGAUCUUACGGAAGAUUGAUGAACUACCAAAGAGCGUUGAGGAGGCUUACGAGGAAAUCCUACAGCGAUGCAAUAGAAAGAAUGAGCGAGAUGCGAGACGGCUGCUAGAGAUUAUUGUCGCAGCACAGCGACCUUUGGAGCUGUCGGAGAUCGAUGUUGCUCUUGAGAUUCAACCACAUUUCAAGUCUUCCUGCGACUUGGACCUUGAAGGCUCCGAAAGAAAACAGUGGAUUCGCGAUGUGUGCGGCUUGUUUGUUAGCGUUGUUGAUUCACGUGUCUACCUGAUCCACCAGACGGCAAGGGAAUUUUUACUACAAGAGAAGCAUGAAAGAGCCAUGUUAGGGAAUUGGAGACAUUCGGUUGAUUUGCAGAAUGCACAUCUAGCGCUGGCAAGGUUGUGCGUUACAUAUCUCUGUUUCGAGGAGUUCCAGGGACAUUUUCAACAGCGGCCAAAGCCGUUAACGCCAAAGGAAGGUUUUCUGUACUACUCUGCGAAUCACUGGGUAUCACAUUGCCGACAGAGUGGCAACGGAGAAGAAGAAUGGUCACGAAAGGCAGCAAUGCUAUGCGAGAUAGGAGAUGGGUCAUCUUCAUACUGGAUUAGCUAUCAUACAAACCGGUUUCAGUGGCACGGAAGUAUCCGUCUGCAAAAGUCGUCUUUGUUUUGGGCGACAAAAUGGGGAUUGGUACAAGUUCUGGAUCUGCUUCUUCAGCAAUCUGAUCUCCAGAUCACGGACGAUGUGGUUCAGGCUGCCGCGGCGAACGAAGAUAAUGGAGAGGCGCUGAUAAAGAUCCUAAUUGACCGACGAGGAGCAGAUCUCCGAAUCACGGAUGAUGUGGUUCAGGCUGCCGCCGCGAACUGGAGAUAUGGAGAGGCUGUGAUAAAAAUACUGGUUGAUCGACCAGGAGCAGACCUACAGAUCGACGAUAAAACUAUACUCCUCAUACUACAGAUAUUUAAUGUUGAGGUGAUAAGUCUCCUACUUGACCGACAAGGCGCAGAUCUCCAAAUCACCGAUUAUGUGGUUCAAGCUGCUACCGAGAAUAAAUAUAUCGGGGACGCGGUGAUGAAACUCCUACUUGACCGACGAGCAGAUCUCCGAAUCACGGAUGCUGUGGUUAAGGCUGCCGCCGCGAAUUGGAAAAAUGGAGAGGCGGUCAUGAGGCUGCUGCUCGACCGACGGGGAGUAGAUGUUCAGAUCACUAACGAGGUCGUUCAGGCUGCUGCCGGGAAUAAAUAUAGUGGAGAGGCGGUCAUAAGGCUGCUGCUCGACCAACGGGGAGUAGAUGUUUAUAUCACCGAUAGCAUCGUUCAGGCCGCCGCCGCAAAUAAAUAUGAUGGAGAAGCGGUGAUGAAGCUCCUACUUGACCGACUAGGAGCAGAUCUCCCAAUCGAGGAGAAAGUUGUACGUCAUAUACUACAGACAUUUAACACUGAGGUGAUAAGUCUCCUCCUUGACCGACGAGGAACAGAUCUCCAAAUCACCGAUGAAGUGGUUCAAGCUGCUGCUGCGAACCAGUAUAGUGGAGAGGCAGUGAUGAAGCUCCUACUUGACCGACCCGGAGUAGAGAUCUCAAUCGAGGAGAAAGUUAUACCUCGCAUACUACAGACUUUUGACACUGAGGUGAUAAGUCUCCUCCUUGACCGACGAGGAGCAGAUAUCCAAAUCACCGAUGAAGUGGUUCAAGCUGCUGCUGCGAACCAGUAUAGUGGAGAGGCAGUGAUGAAGCUCCUACUUGACCGACCAGGAGUGGAGAUCUCAAUCGAGGAGAAAGUUAUACCUCGCAUACUACAAACUUUUGACACUGAGGUGAUAAGUCUCCUCCUUGACCGACGAGGAGCAGAUAUCCAAAUCACCGAUAAAGUAGUUCAGGCUGCCGCCGUGAAUUGGAAAAAUGGAGAGGUAGUGAUGAAGCUCCUAAUUGACCGACAAGGAGCAAAUGUCCAAAUCACCGACAAAGCGGUCCAGGUUGCUGCCACAGACUGGAAAAAUGAAGAGGCAGUAAUGAAGCUCCUACUUGACCGACGAGAAGAUCUCCAGAUCACGGAUAAAGUGGUUCAGGCUGCCGCCGCGAAUUGGAAAAAUGGAGAAGUAGUGAUGAAGCUUCUUCUUGACCGACGAGGAGUAGAUCUCCAGAUCACGGAUAAAGCUGUUCAAGCUGCCGCCGCCAAUAAGUAUAGUGGAGAGGCGGUGAUGAAGCUUCUUCUUGACCGACGAGGAGCAGAUCUCCAGAUCACGGAUAAAGCUAUUGAAGCUGCCGCCGCCAAUAAGUAUAAUGGAGAGGCGGUGAUGAAGCUUCUUCUUGACCGACGAGGAGCAGAUCUCCAGAUCACGGAUAAAGCUAUUGAAGCUGCCGCCGCCAAUAAGUAUAGUGGAGAGGCGGUGAUAAAGCUUCUUCUCGAUCGACGAGGAGCAGAUCUCCAAAUCACCCAUAAAGCGGUUCAAGCUGCCACCGCAAAUGAGUACAUUGGAGACGUCGUGACGAAGCUUCUUCUCGAACAACGAGGAGAGGGUAUCAAAAUCAGAAGACAUGUCUGA